AUGCAAAGCUUGUCAAUCCUCAACCUCUCCUACAAUAAUUUGGAGGGGCCAAUACAAGAUAGUGGGAUUUUCAGUUCUUCCAAUCUAGUAGAUUUGAGUCACAACAAAAACUUAUGUGGGAGGAUCCAAGGUCUGCAACCAUGCAAUGUGAAGGUUAUAAAACCAGUUAGAGGAAGUAACAAAAGGAAAGUUGUGAUAAUUGUUACUACUUCUAUAGCAACUGCACUGAUUGUUUUGUUUGUGCUACUUUUGAUUUAUGUCAUUCUAAGUAAGAGAAACUCUAGAUCUUUAGAACAAAAAGCUAGAGUCAAUAGGGAAAAUCCAUUCUCAAUAUGGCACUUCGAUGGCAAAAUCAUGUAUGAUAACAUAAUUGAAGCAACUGAGAACUUUCAUGAGAAAUACUGCAUAGGUGCAGGGGCAUUUGGAAAAGUCUACAAGUUGACAUUGCCAGGGGAGGAUAAAGUAUUUGCUAUAAAAAAGUUUGUAUGUGAGGAAAAUAGCUUAGACAUUAAGAAUAUAAAAGCUUUUGAGAAUGAGAUCAAAGCCAUGAUCAAAACUCGCCACCGAAACAUUGUGAAGUUGUAUGGAUUCUGCUCACAAAGAUUGCACACAUUUCUAAUUUAUGAGCACAUCAAAAGAGGGAGCUUAUUUGAUAUGCUUAGAAACGAUAAAGAAGCAUUAGAGUUGGGUUGGUCACAGAGGGCUCAUAUUAUCAAGGGGUUAGCAGAGGCCUUAUCAUAUAUACAUCAUGAUUGUAAUCCAGCCAUUGUUCACAGAGACAUAUCAAGCAAGAAUGUUUUAUUAUCUUCAAACUUCGAAGUCCAUCUCUCAGACUUUGGCACAGCAAGGUUCUUGAAAAUCUAUUCAUCAAUUUGGACCACUUUUGCUGGCACAUACGGUUAUGCUGCUCCAGAGCUUGCGUACACAAUGGCAGUGACUGAGAAAGUUGAUGUGUAUAGCUUUGGUGUUUUGGCCAUUGAGUUGCUAAUGGGAGAGCAUCCUGGUGAUUUUAUAUCAUGUAUUCAGAUGUGUGGGAAUGGCCAUAUCAUCUUGGAAGAUAUUUUGGACCCUCGUUUAUCAUCAAUGAAGCACCAAAACUCUAACAAAUUGGCUUUGAUUUGGCAAAUAGCUCUUUCCUGCAUACAAACCAACCCUCAAUCUCGACCGACCAUGAGAACCAUUGCCAACAUGAUUGAAACAGAGACUUUUCAUUAG